AUGUCAGACAAGAAGCACUGCUUGAAAAAUGCAUUGAAAUCUAUAAAGGAAAAAUUUGUAUCCACACUAAAUUUGGAGGAAGAUGACGAAGAAGAAGACCGUGAUAAAGAAUACAGCUGUAUUGAAAAUGUUGAAGAAAAGACAAUAAGACAAGCCUCUCCGUUUUCGGAAAUAUUCGACGUAAUUGCUACAAGUAUCAGUUCUAGCCAAAGUGAAGAUGAAAAUCUGGAUGAAAGUAAUAAGUUUUAUUGUCCAGAGGCAUUACAGUGCUUGCUGGACAAGUUUAUGCCUAUUGUAUCAUUGUGGAGUGGGAUUGUGCUUUCACUUUGCUCAGUGUCCACAUUAAAUGAAAGUCCUGAUUAUUACAUUAGCAGGGACACGAACAGUCCAGUGGAAAACUGGUUCAAAUACAUAAAAUCAGAUAUAAAACUACCAAAACAUGCCAGACCAUACACGUUUGUUAUUGAAAUAAGAGAGGCAAUAGAGGCUAGAUCGAGAGAACAUGUUUUCAAGGGAGCUAGGAAAACAAAAUCUGCUAAGGCAAAGGUAUCAAAGAGCAACGAAUCCGACAUUUACCUAAAUACUCAAGAAGUCUGGAAACCAAAGAAGAAAAGAAAUAUUUACCAUAAAACACCAAAAGAACGAAAACUUUCGGAAACAGUCUCAACAAAUAAUCAGAAAGUCAUGAAAUGGGUUGGAACAUACGGAAAUACACCUUUAUCUAACACGUGCGGAAUUGACAAUACGUUAACAAUUCUACAUCAAAAGUACACAAAAAAAUCGAAAUUCAGAUAUUUACUGGAAGAAGACAACACCCCCUUAUCUGCUACAAUCAAGAAUGUAUGUUCUCUAAUGACGAAAGAAAAAUUUGAAGAAGCUAAACUCAUUUGGAUAAACUUUACAGGAAAACCAAUAGAAAAAGUAGUAAAUUUGUUUGGAGAUGAAACGAUUACAUUGUCUCUUACCUGAAUAAUCAAUGGAAAUCCAAAACAAUGUCGGUUUGCAAUAAUGCAGGUUGUGUCUCAUGUAUGAGGGAGUCAAGAGAGAGAAGUGGAAUAUUCAUUUGUAUGCGAGAACCUUUCGACAGUAUACAAGCAUUGAUAGAUAGUUGGAUGGAACAAGAACAGCCUUGUGAAAACCAAGGACAAGAAAAUAAUUCAAACAGCGAAUCUGAUGACCAUUGCGACGAUACACGUACAGUAAAGCGGAUAGUUGGCCAUUACCCUCCAAUUCUUGUUGUUCGUGUGUAUGAGCAUUGCCUUCACAACAGAAUAACUUUUGGACUAAUUCUCAGAGGAUCGUCUGUUGAAUUACGAGCUGCAUCAGGGCUUUUCGCGUAUUUUUAACUUUUUUAAUAUUAAUCUUUCAUACAAUAUAUACAUUAUUGUAUGUGAGUUGGAAAUUAAAAGUUGAAACAUAAAUGCUUAAUAAGAUCGUCGUUUUUGUUUAAGUUUUCAUGUGACAUAGCAGAAACAUAUAGAAUAAGUCAAUUGCAAAUGUUUAUGAAAAAUACUCGUACCCACAGGUAGAAACACUAAAAAGUUAACGGUUUACACGGAGCAUUUGAUAGGUAUCAAAUAAACUUAUGGAAAAUUCAUAUUGCUUGAUUAUUGACUAAAAUGAUAAAUCUUGAUGAAAAAAAUCACAAACAGAUAUACAUUCUAUAAUUAAAUGGUGCUGAUGAUGAAAUGCACACGGGGAGAAUUUGUGCUUUUCACGUUAAGUGUAUUAUUAAAGAAAAAUGAAUGUCCAACCAAUGCUUAGCCCUUCAUGCAAAUGAAAAUAAUUUCAUAUUUAUUAAAACAUAUUUUCUACAAACACCAAUGGUAUUCAAAUAUUUAUGUCUUGUUACAUUAUUUAAAAGCAAAGAUUGAGCUAAAUGAAAUGUUGAUAAUUAUUAAAGGAACUAAAGAGGUUAU